UGGUCGCUAAGACAUCCCGUACUUCCGCUUUCUACCCCAUCCCCUUUCCCAGGCUCCGGCGAGCCAAAUCACCUCUAUUCGACCAAUGGCAAAUGGCAAAUGGGCAGUGGGCGGGACUUCAUUUGUCCGGACCAACGAAACGCGGGCUCAGCUUGGCGUAGCGCGGCCAAUGACCGUGGGGCAGCCCCUGUAAAGGGGGCCGGGCGCCCCCACGCCCGCCUUUCCUCCUCCCAGCCCUGCCCCUUCCUAUCCCCGUUUCAGCCACAGCGCUGGUCGCAGUCUGACAGGAACGGGACGGAGCCAAGAUGGCGGCGGCCGACGGCGAUGACUCGCUCUACCCUAUCGCGGUGCUCAUAGAUGAACUCCGCAACGAGGAUGUUCAGCUUCGCCUCAACAGCAUCAAGAAGCUGUCCACCAUUGCCUUGGCGCUUGGGGUCGAAAGGACCCGAAGUGAGCUUCUGCCCUUCCUUACAGACACCAUCUACGAUGAAGAUGAGGUCCUCUUGGCCCUGGCAGAACAGCUGGGAACCUUCACUACUCUGGUUGGAGGCCCAGAGUACGUGCACUGCCUGCUGCCACCCCUGGAGUCGCUAGCCACGGUGGAGGAGACGGUGGUACGUGAUAAGGCAGUGGAGUCCUUGAGGGCCAUCUCGCAUGAGCACUCGCCCUCUGACCUGGAGGCCCAUUUUGUACCACUGGUGAAGCGUCUGGCGGGUGGCGACUGGUUCACCUCCCGCACCUCAGCCUGUGGCCUCUUCUCCGUCUGCUACCCCAGGGUAUCCAGUGCUGUCAAGGCGGAACUUCGACAGUAUUUCCGGAACCUGUGCUCAGAUGACACCCCCAUGGUGCGGCGGGCCGCAGCCUCCAAGCUGGGGGAGUUCGCCAAGGUGCUGGAGCUGGACAAUGUUAAGAGUGAGAUCAUCCCCAUGUUCUCCAACCUAGCCUCUGACGAGCAGGACUCGGUGCGGCUGCUGGCAGUGGAGGCAUGCGUGAACAUUGCCCAGCUCCUGCCCCAGGAGGAUCUGGAGGCUUUGGUGAUGCCCACCCUACGCCAGGCUGCUGAAGACAAGUCCUGGCGCGUCCGUUACAUGGUGGCUGACAAGUUCACAGAGCUCCAGAAAGCAGUGGGGCCUGAGAUCACCAAGACAGACCUGGUCCCUGCCUUCCAGAACCUGAUGAAGGACUGUGAGGCCGAGGUGAGGGCCGCAGCCUCCCACAAGGUCAAAGAGUUCUGUGAAAAUCUGUCAGCUGACUGUCGGGAGAAUGUGAUCAUGACCCAGAUCUUGCCCUGUAUCAAGGAGCUGGUGUCAGAUGCUAACCAACAUGUCAAGUCAGCCCUGGCCUCAGUCAUCAUGGGCCUCUCUCCCAUCUUGGGCAAAGAUAACACCAUUGAGCACCUCUUGCCCCUCUUCCUGGCUCAGCUGAAGGAUGAGUGCCCUGAGGUGCGAUUGAACAUCAUCUCCAACCUGGACUGUGUGAACGAGGUGAUUGGCAUCCGGCAGCUGUCCCAGUCCCUGCUCCCUGCCAUCGUGGAGCUGGCUGAGGAUGCUAAGUGGCGGGUGCGACUGGCCAUCAUAGAGUACAUGCCCCUGCUGGCUGGACAGCUGGGUGUGGAGUUCUUUGAUGAGAAACUCAACUCCUUGUGCAUGGCCUGGCUGGUGGAUCAUGUCUAUGCCAUCCGUGAGGCGGCCACCAGCAACCUGAAGAAACUGGUGGAGAAGUUUGGGAAGGAGUGGGCCCAUGCCACCAUCAUCCCCAAAGUCUUGGCCAUGUCUGGAGACCCCAACUACUUGCACCGCAUGACUACACUCUUCUGCAUCAAUGUGCUGUCUGAAGUCUGUGGGCAGGACAUCACCACCAAGCACAUGCUGCCCACAGUCCUACGUAUGGCUGGAGACCCAGUUGCCAAUGUCCGCUUCAACGUGGCCAAGUCCCUGCAGAAGAUUGGGCCCAUCCUGGACAACAGCACCCUGCAGAGUGAAGUCAAGCCUAUCCUAGAGAAGCUGACCCAGGACCAGGAUGUGGAUGUCAAGUACUUUGCCCAGGAGGCACUGACUGUUCUGUCUCUCGCCUGAUGCUGCAAGAGGAGCCAACUCUGGUGUCCACCCUUCAGCUGUCCCCAAGUCCUCCCUCGGGGAGGCAAUGGGGACCUUGGCUAUCUCUCCCUGUGCAUGGUCUGACCCCAGGCCCCUUCCCCUGCACGGUUCGUCCUCUCCCCAGCCUGGGAAGACUGCUCUCUGACCACCUCCCUGGGGCUGGGGGAGCAUGAGGGUGGGACAGGAUGGUGACCCUGGAGCCACUCCGCCCAUGUUGGGGAGAGACGUGAGCAUCCCAGGUCAUUGGUUCCUGCUGCUGUAAUGAGGAUGCCCUCCCCCAUCUACUUCUCCGCCUCCCUUUCUCCCCUCUCAGUGGUUUUUUGUGUCAACUGUGUCGUUUUUUUUUUUUUCCUUUUUUUUUUUUUUUUGCCCUUUUCACAGAGAAAUAAAGGUCUAGAAAUAGUC